GAUCGCGUGGGAUCGAGCAUCUGAAGGAGAAAAGGUGUGAAGGGGUCGAUGCCAUCCGCACAAAGUCCCUUUCUGCAGCAGAUCACUAGCUUUCGAAAGCCGCGUCGAGUCUUCCUGCGCGGCUUUUUGGGCUGUUGGUUGGAGUAAGAGGCGCGGAUGCGACGUUACGGAGUCCAGGAUUUCUGACGCGAUACACGAUAGCAUCAUCGUGCCGCGCUGGAAGCAAGCCCAUCUAUCAUCACUUGUUGCGAUCAACUAUCGAGGAUAAGGACAGGAUACAGUUUCCCCUCUACGUCUCCAUCAUGGCGAGCAACCUCCAAUCCGACAUCGCUACGCGUUUGGCCGGAGCGCUCGGCCUGCCGGAGACGAAUGCCCAUAUCCUUGCAAACAACAUAAUCACCAUCGCGCGCAGUCAGCCCGGUGAGGCAACAUUUAUUCGUGCCGCCAGUGGCUUUGGCAAAUUCGAUCACGAAUUCCUGAAAGCCAUCAGGAAUAUUGUUCUCAGUAGCAAGGAUAUUCCAUCAUCAGCUUCGCUACAGAAUGGAGGCGCAGCUGAUUCAAAGGAUGUGGAUGCAGUAGGGGCGCAUGGUUCGGACAGGCUCGAUGUACCAACGUUAAAGCGAGCAGGACUGCAAACUGCAGAAGGACAGAAACACGUCUUUCGCUCCUCAAGCGCAGGCUCGAGCCUAGGCCUGCAAGCACUCGCAGAGCAAAGGCGGCAAGAACGCGGCGAGGUGGAACCGGCCAGGAAGAAAUCCAAGGUCGAGGCUUUGCCACCCCCAACGCCUCGUCAAAAUGGUGGUCAACCUAACGGAGACGAGCAGCCGCUCUUCAAAGUACCCGCCCGACCCCCCGCUCGCCGAGACGAACAUGAGCACUCGUACUCUUCCUCCGCGGAAGGCGCUAAUGAUCGUUCGUCUGCAUCCUCGAGCUGCUUGCAGCGUCGUCAGCGAGGAGAUGAGACUCCCGGACCAGUUGGCGGAGGGCUCUCAGAAGUGGCCCGACAGCGUUUAGCCCAGCGAAGAGGGGCGAGACUAGCGGUGGGAAGUUUUGCUGCGCAGGAUGGCGGGAGGGACCGUGGUGGAAGUGGGGGAAGGCAAGCUGAUGAGGAUGCGAGAGGAGGCUUCUCAGAGUUCAGGCAGCGGCUCAACCGGGACAUGGAGCAGAGGCAGGAGAGGAGAGACGCGUGGCAGGAGCGCCAAGCACGUGAUCGAGAGCAGCGGGAAGGCAGGCAACGCUCCUUUGACGACCCUCGUGGUCAGGCGCAACAUACAGGAGGCAGUGCCCGGGACGGAUGGGCAGAUGCCAGCCAACGCUCGGCUGCAUCGCUCCCCGAGCGAAGCUGGGACUCCACACCACAGCUUUCACACAGCAGGGACAGAGACGGGGACAUCCCAUCGACAACCAGCUCCCUUCGUGGUCGUGCCUGGGACGCGACGCCUUCUAGUGCUUCACGCUCGAUGCGUGUCGGCUAUUCUGACAGCAGCGCACGGCGCGGAGGCGCGUAUACAGACCGAUACCCUACGGAGCGGGGAUCUGAGCGUCGUGGCGCAGAGGAUGGGCGGAUGACACUUGCUGGUUGGCAAUGGGGCGACGACCCUGACGGCGAUCCCGCUGCACAGGUCGCGAUGGACCGCGAGUGGUAUUCGAUGGAAGAGCGAGAGGGGCUGGCGGGUGACGAGGACCACAACCCGUUCUCGCAGUUCGAGGACAUGCAUGGGCAGCUUCUCGCUGGCGGUUCCUUGGCGAGCAGGCAGCAGACUGCGCGAGUGACGGCCAAGCAGGCGCAGUACAACGCCGAUCGCGACGACUGGGAGGUGAACCGGAUGCAGACUGGUGGCGUCGGGCCGCGGCGGUUUGUCGACUUGGAUGGCGUAGCGGCUGAUGCGGAGGAGGAGGCGCGUGUGCAUCUGCUCGUGCACGACCUGAGACCACCCUUCUUGGACGGCAAGACGGUCUUCACGAAGCAAAUUGAACCGGUCAACCCGAUCAAGGACCCGACGAGCGACAUGGCCAUGUUCUCCAAGAAAGGCAGUCGCCUCGUCAAGGAGAAGCGAGAGCAGAGCGAGAGGGAGAAGGCGACGGCUAGAGCAGCGGCUCUCGGUGGGACUGCGCUCGGAAACAUCAUGGGCAUCAAGGAAGACGAGGACGAGCAGCAGGGCAAAGCGGGCGCACCAGGCAUUGGUACGGGCAGCAAUGCUUCCGUGCAAGCUAAGAAAGACAGGGCGGAGGCGGAUAAUCCAAGAAGCGACUCGCAGUUCGCGAGCCAUCUCAAGAAGAGCGAGGGCGCAUCGGCCUUUAGCCGUGGGAAGACACUCAAAGAACAGCGGCAGUACCUCCCAGCUUUUGCCUGCCGCGAGGAUCUCAUGAAGAUCAUCCGAGAAAACCAAGUCGUCGUCGUCAUCGGUGAGACGGGCUCGGGGAAAACGACUCAAGUUGCUCAAUUCCUCUACGAGGAGGGCUACGCUUCGGGCUCGGGUAGCAUGAUCGCGUGUACCCAGCCACGGCGCGUGGCCGCGAUGAGCGUCGCAAAGCGGGUGAGCGAAGAGAUGGAGUGCGAGCUCGGUGGGACGGUCGGAUACAGCAUUCGGUUUGAGGACUGCACUAGUCCGCAGACGCGCAUUAAGUACAUGACCGAUGGUGUGCUUCUGCGUGAGAGCCUCAAUGAGGGCGAUCUCGAUCGGUACACUUGCAUUAUCUUGGACGAAGCGCACGAGAGGAGCUUGAGCACGGACAUUCUCAUGGGUCUGCUCAAGAAAAUUCUCACGCGCCGUCGGGACCUCAAGCUCAUUGUAACGUCCGCCACCAUGAAUGCCGAAAAGUUCUCCAACUUUUUUGGAGGCGCUCCCAGCUUUACCAUCCCAGGCCGGACGUUCCCUGUCGACGUCAUGUUCAGCCGAGCGCCUUGCGAAGACUAUGUGGAGAGCGCGGUGAAGCAAGUCUUGUCGAUCCACCUAUCAGGUGGAAGUGGGGACGUGCUUGUGUUCAUGACAGGCCAAGAGGACAUUGAGAUCACAUGUCGAGUUGUCAAUGAGCGCUUGGAACAGUUGGACGACGCGCCCCCGCUGCUUGCACUACCCAUUUACUCCCAGAUGCCUGCCGAUCUGCAAGCAAAGAUUUUUGAGCCCUCACCAAACGGCGAGCGCAAAGUCAUUGUCGCAACGAAUAUCGCUGAGACAUCUCUCACUGUUGACGGGAUCAUGUUUGUCGUCGACGCCGGGUACAGCAAGCUCAAGGUGUACAAUCCGCGCGUCGGCAUGGACUCGUUGCAGAUUACGCCCAUCUCGCAGGCCAACGCCAAUCAGCGUUCCGGUCGUGCCGGCCGUACUGGUGCAGGCACAGCGUAUCGUCUCUACACCGAGAUGGCGUUCCGCAACGAACUGUUUCCCAACAACAUCCCCGAGAUCCAGCGCACGAACCUGGCCAACACAGUAUUGCUGCUCAAGUCGCUCGGCGUUAAGAAUCUGCUAGAAUUCGAUUUUAUGGACCCGCCGCCGCAGGAGAACAUCUUAACUUCAAUGUACCAACUCUGGGUGCUUGGCGCGUUGGACAAUGUCGGCAACCUGACACCGCUGGGGAAGAAGAUGUCCGAGUUCCCGAUGGAGCCGUCGCUAUCCAAGAUCCUGAUCAUGAGCGCGCAGCAGUACGGAUGCUCGGCCGAGGUGCUCACGAUCGUGAGCAUGCUCAGCGUGCCCUCUGUCUUCUACCGACCGAAAGAGCGGCAGGAGGAGAGCGACUCGGCGCGGGAGAAGUUCUUUGUAGCGGAGAGCGACCAUCUGACGCUGCUGCACGUCUACACGCUAUGGCGCUCGAACGGCUACAAGGACUCGUGGUGCGCCAAGCACUUUCUGCACGCGAAGCUGCUGCGCAAAGCCAGGGAAGUACGGGCGCAGCUGGAGGACAUCAUGAAGAUGCAGAAGCUGGAGGUGGUCAGCUGCGGGACGGACUGGGAUGUGGUGCGCAAGUGCAUCACGUCGGGCUACUUCCACCAGGCCGCGCGCGUCAAGGGCAUCGGCGAAUAUGUGCACUGCCGCACGGGUAUCCCGAUGCACCUGCACCCGACGAGCGCGCUGUACGGCCUGGGCUAUACACCGGACUAUGUUGUGUACCACGAGCUGACGCUGACAUCCAAGGAGUACAUGGGCACUGUCACCGCCGUCGACCCGUUCUGGCUGGCCGACCUGGGCUCCGUAUUCUACUCGGUCAAGCAGCGCGGCGCGAUCGGCUCGCACGCUCGCCACGCGCACGACGCCGAGUUCAGCAAGAAGGCCGAUUUGGAGAUUCAGUUCGCCAGGGACCAUGAGGCGAGCAUGCGGAGUCAGACAGCGGCGCACGACUGGAGGACGCUCGACGCGGCCGUACUGUCCACACCGAAGAUCGCGCAGCCUGGUGCGACGCCACGGCCGCGCGGGAGACGGGCUGGGUUAUAAGAAGAACGUGGUCUGUUCUGCGGGAAGGAAGGCAUCUCCGCGAAUGUAUGCUAUGUAAUGC